AUGGUACUGGAAUUGAAAUUUUGCAAGGAGUCAUGGGUCUCAAGCGAUUCAGAAACCUGUGUGUUGCUAUUAGAUUCGAUGAUAAAGGCACAAGCUCAAAAUCCUAAACUUACAUUUGAAGUGAAGUUGGGUUACAGAAACAAGUGGGAUCCAGUAGAUAAGUGGACUCUUCUUGCCAACUCAACAGAGACACGAGAUUUGCAUUGUACCAUAGAUAAUGAAAGAAAAGUGGAUGGUUAUCAUUAUAAUUGCGAUCUUUUGCCUCUUUUUGAGCUUGGCAGUUUGCAUCAUGAUUAUUAUUUAGUUAAUCUUCGUUUACCCACGGAUCUUACUGGUAGAACACCCUUAAAUGAUGGUAUUGGUCAUAUAGAUGAUAUAUGGAUCGUACUCAUUCAUCAGAAUGGGGGUUUUACAAAAAUUUGGGUAUCAUUAAAAACAAUCUUUUUUCCUGUCAUUGUUCUAAUGCUUGUUUGGUACUGGAAACGUAUUUGUCUGCUAUGUCGACCUCCAAUUUUAAUAGAAAAGUAAGCAUAAUAUAUAUUAUAUAUUCAUUUAUAUAUUGUGAUACAUGAUAAAUAAGUUGUGUA